AGACAAGAAGAAACAAGAUCAUGUACCACCAUAACCAUGGCGAGGUGGCCAGCCUUCACUUCCUCCCGCCUCCAAAUCGUCCCCCCUCCUUCGCCGCUCACCACCACAUAAACAUGGCCGUGCCGCCUCAGGCCUACUUCCCUCCCUCCUUUGAUCUUACUGCUCUACUCGCCGGAGACGAUGCGUCUCCUGGCUUUGAACUUGACACUAUCCUAGAAGAAGCGGCUCACCUUGCCAGCGGCAAUGGCUCACCCAGCUCGGGCUCCGACGCCGGAGGCGUCAAAUACUUCCAGGUGGGCGUUGCUGGCGAUGGCGUUGGCGUUGGAGCUGCCGAGGAGGAGAGGAGGCGACGGCGUAUGGUCUCGAACCGGGAGUCGGCGCGACGGUCGCGCAUGCGCAAGCAGCGGCAGCUGAGCGAGCUGAGGGCGCAGGCCGCGCACCUCCGUGGCGCCAACCGCCGCCUCCUCGACGAGCUCAACGGCGCAUUGAGGCAGUGCGCCGCCGCCCGCCGCGAGAGCGCCCAACUCAGGGACGAGAAGGCCGAGUUGACCAAGAAGCUCAAGCAGCUGUCGCACCAAUCGGCGCCGGAAAAGAAAGCCGCCUCGAGCAAUCAUAGUAGCUGUUCCUCGGAGGAGGCCGAAGGAGAAGAAAGCAUGGGGCCAAGAGCCCAAGAAGGCACCACCGAAAGCCACAACCGUUGGCGCCGUUGUGGCCACGAGGAAGCGGGAGUCGACAAGAGCAGGACUGCAGGACUGCAGGAGUCGAGGGCCCAAGGCUGAGAAGGUGAGCAGUAAGAUUUUAAUCAAGCCUGCAUCGGAAGCUACGGAAGAGGAGAACGCUUCUAGUGUGGCUUCCCCCGGGAAGAAGGUGAGGUGGACGAGCUACGGUUCUGCACCCGGUGCGAGGGUGACGAAGAAGAAGGCACUGCAGAGUUCCUGAAUCACUUUUUAUCUGAACCUUCCUGAAUCAGUUUUCUUCACAAGACGUUUUCCGUCGCUGUAAAACGUAUAACUAGCUAACUCGGUGCUUGUUCGGAUGCUUGUUGCUUGAGUUAUGCGCCCUUCUGAUCCUUCAAAAGAUAUGCUCUAUUUUGCUCU